AGUUUGUCGAACAAAUCUGACUGCGAUAUAGUUCGCCACAGUCGCUCGGCGAACUCCGGCGUGGAAGGAUGGUUUUGUGUUUCUUGUGAAUUAUGUUCCACGCUGUAUGUGGUGCUGUUUGUGUACUCUUUCAAUUGUAUAAAUCGGUGUCAAAAGCAGUGUAAUUAAAUACAUAAUUAAAUACGUGUAUAAUCUAAAUUAUUUCGAUCAAAACUGAAUACUGAAUAAAAUCGAGUUUUUUUGUUCUUCGAUUACAGUAACAACUCGACAUCUAAACUCACUUACACGAGAUCAUGAAAAAAGGAUGACGAAAGAUCGAUGAACCUCGUUGUGGCGUCGCGACGAUUUCACGCUGUCAAUCGAGACAAAAUCCGAAAGCUUGCAGAUCGAAUGCAGUGAAUCAUGUCGCAAUCGAGACGUCCCAGUGUUUCUAUCCACGAUUAUCCGGAACAUUUAAAUCCAUUCAACGAUGAUAUCACCAGUACACAAUCUUACUUUUACCGUGAUGGAAAAGCAAAAGAUUCGAAACAUAAAUUCUGGACAUUUGGCAGAAGUAGAAAGAAGAGAUCAAAUAGCUUUUCUAUUAAGUCUACAUGGAACGGACUGUUUGGCAAACGGAAAGAUGACAAGUUAGAAAUUCAAGAAAAAAGGUCCACAAUCACCACAGUUUCGUCAACUUACAAAAGGGAACCUUACAUUAAACCAAUACCAUCGCCGCGUAUAACGAAAGAUCAGCAAGAAUUUGAUGAAGCUCUUGGAACUUUAGCAAGAAGAAGAAAAUAUACAUUAGAUAAUUCCGCAUCGAGAUACGGUUCGUCUUUGACUGUUAAUGGUGAUCCUGCAAGACUCUAUGAUGGUAGUCCGCAGGAUACUACUACAUCUAUUAUGGGUGAUCUUACACCGAAGCCACCAGCACGAAGAUUUGGCCAAAUGAGUCCAAAACCAACAAGUAAAAUACCACCGCUGGAUUUUGAAAAUGAAAGUCCAAAGGAAAAUGGAAAUGUAACUCUUCGUGAAAAAACACAAGAAAGAACGCCAAUUCCCCCUUUGCGAAGAUUCGGUAACAGAUCAUCACAAAGGACAAACGCAACUCUGGAUUCAGAGGAAGAAGCGAAUCGUUCAAGUGAUAUGGCGAUAUGUGAUGAAAACGAAAAUGUAUCUGGGGAUUACAUGUUUAAAAGAUAUUCUCAGGAUGCGAUUAGAAAAUCAAAUCUUUCGAUAAACAGUUGCGUUUCGAUCGGAAGUACGAUGAGUUCAUAUGGUCGUAAAAAACGAAGAGCACCACAACCACCACGACGUUCAGAAAAUGUGGAAACAAAUGAAACGGUUCAUGAAGCAUCUAAUAUAAAACUUCAAAUAGUAGAACCAAUUGAUAUAACGAGAGUUACCGAGAAUAUAGAUGAUUUGACAAAAAAGAGUAAAAAUUUAGAUCAAGAAGUUAAUGAAGAAAAAGAAAAUUCAAUUUUGAAUUCCAACGAUGUACCAUCUAAAAAAACAGAAGACAAUUUAACAAAAAUUAUAGAAACUAAUGCAAAUACGCAAAAUAAAGAGGAAAUCUGUAUUGAGGAAAAACCUGUGGAUAUGGAACAAUUAGAAUCAAAAAUUUCGGUUAUAGAGGAUUAUAAAGAAUCAGAAAAAGAUUUUGAGCAAUCUAAGAAAGAGGAAGAAGAUAUUCAAAUCGAAUAUUGCAGAACUUCUCAGAAAAAUAUAGAAAUAAUUAAAGAUGUAGAUCAAACGAAUUUAUCAGAAUUAGAUGAUAUAUCUCUUCGAAGGAAAAGUUCUUCAAGCACAUUAUCCAGAAAUGACAGUUUUUCUGUGAAAGAUGAGAUUGAAAAGAUAGAGAAACAAAUAAAAGCCCUGGAAACAAAGAAUGCUUCUAAAAACUGUUCGGAAGAAAAGAAUACAAGGAAUUCGAUUCAAGAGAAUCGUAGGCAUUUUUUUCAAAAUAUGAUCGAGACCGAUGAUGAUAAAAAUGAUAAAAAUCCAAUUAAAAUAGAAUUUAAAGAAUUUCCAAAAGAACAAAAGGACAUUCAUGUGGUAAGACUAAAUGAUUCGCCUAUUCCCGUAGAAGUUCCUAGAGAGCCGGUGAAAGUUAUUGAGCUUCAUAUUUCUGAACCUAUAAGACGAAAACCAGAGAUACUCGAAGAUGUGAAUCCAAUUCCAAAACCCAGAAGGCAUAGUGCUUUAAAUCUAAACGAUUCUCAAUCAAACAUGACUCUAAAUAAUACUAAGAACUUUGAACCAAUGAGAGGGAAAUCUUUGUAAAUUUUAAUGAUGAAUUCUUGUAAGAAAUUGUUGGUCUUUAAAUUAAAGAAGAAUAUCCCUGUUAA